AUAUAAGUCUAGUUCUCCACCAUACUGAUUUUGCUAGCUAGCAGCAAACUAUGGCUUCAGCUACGUUUACAAUUUCAUGCACCACCACCACCACCCCCAUCUCCGCCUCCAACUCCCACCACCUUCACAGACCUUCAAAGUUCUCACUCAACCCAAACCCGCCCAAGCACCGCCGCAGCAAGCUCUCAUGCGCUGCUUCCUCGUCAAAAGACCAAACCCCGGCGCCGGAAAAGAACAUUUCUCCGGACACGACAAUUGACCGGAGAAAUGUUCUCCUAGGUCUUGGCGGCCUCUACGGCGCCUACAACCUAUCCCUUUCCGGCGGCGGAGCGCUGGCAAAGCCGGUCCCUCCCCCGGUCAUUAAAGAAUGCGGCACAGCUAUCAUUUCGGGAACCAGUGAUCCUGUGCCCUAUUCUUGCUGCCCUCCCUACUCCGACACCAUUGUUGACUACAAGCUCCCGAAGUUCUCCACGCUGAACGUAAGGCCGGCGGCGCACGACGUGGACGCGGAGUACUUGGAGAAGUACAAGACCGCCGUUCAGAAAAUGAGGGACCUCCCGCCGGAAGAUCCCCGGAGCUGGACCGCUCAAGCGAAGGUCCACUGCGCUUACUGUAACGAGGCCUAUAAGCUUGCAGAUGGUGUGACGUCCUAUCAGGUCCACAACUCAUGGCUAUUCUUCCCCUUCCAUAGAUGGUACCUAUACUUCCACGAGAGGAUUUUACAAUCCUUGAUCAAUGAUCCAACGUUCACCCUGCCGUACUGGAACUGGGACAACCCAAAAGGCAUGUAUAUCCCAGAAAUCUUCGACGACCCGUCAUCUUCGUUGUACGAUCCUGAAAAGCGUGACACGAUCAACACCAAAGAAUACGUCGUGGACCUAAGUUACGGUAAAGACAGUGCUGACCCGGAUCACAAAAACGAUCUCCGAACUGUGAGGAACAAUCUUGCGAUAAUGUACCGCCAGAUGAUGGGCACGCGGAGCCCAUCACUUUUCUUCGGCCAUGUUCUCCGAGCGGAGGGUUACGAUAAUGAAUCAGGCGGUGGAAGCAUAGAGAGCGGUGCCCACACCGCCAUGCACCUGUGGGUUGGUAACCGCGACCAGGAUCACCAUGAGGACAUGGGUAACUUCUAUUCCGCAGCUAAUGACCCUCUUUUCUAUUGCCACCAUGGGAAUGUUGACCGGAUGUGGUCCAUUUGGAAGACUUUGCCUGGCAAGCGGCGUCGCGAUUGCUCUGAUCCCGAUUAUCUGCAAUCUGAGUUCCUCUUCUAUGAUGAAAACAAAAAUCUUGUUAAGGUCAAGGUUCAAGACUGUCUUGAUGAAACCAAACUUGGUUACACUUUUCAGCCAAUGCCGACACUAUGGGAGAAAUGUAGACCGCCCCCGAAAAAGAAGGCAGUGUUGAAAAGCACCAAAAAAUCUUUCCCACCGGCCAGUAAGAUCUUACCAACAACCUUAGCACACACUAUAACAUUUACUGUGAUGAGGCCAACUUUAGUAAGAUCAAAGGAAGACAAGGAAGACAAGGAUGAGAUAUUGAAGCUGGGCAUAACAUAUGAUCCAACCAAGUACAUUAAUUUUGACGUGUUUCUGAAUGAAGACAAUGAGUGUAAGGCGACCGAGUUGGAUCGGGCCGAGUACGUUGGGAGUUUCUCCAACUUGGCUCACAUUCAUACCGAUCCCGAUAAAUCCAUGAAAAUCUCAUAUGACUCUGCCAUAACUGAGCUACUUGAAGACUUGGGGCUUGAAAGUGAGAGAAGUAUUUCAGUUACUUUGGUACCAAAGUGCGACGGUGAAUUUGUGACGAUCAAUAGCGCAAAAAUCACAAUGCAGACUGAAUGUUGAUUUUAGGGAUCUAGAGUGAGGUAGUAUGGAGUAUGUUUCUUGUAUGGUGUUCGAGAAAGAACAAAACAAUAAUUUCCUUGCUUUGAGUUGUGAUAUAUUUACAAUAUUGCAUCUCAUUGGUUGCUGUUCUAUUUGUAUGUCACUUAUUAAUUGUGAUCCGGUAUGAACAAUGCUGAAAAACAAAAACUAGUCAAUAUUUAAAUAGACAAACUAUGUUGUGUGGCACUAAUAAACCUAAUAAUGUUCUUUCAUAAAUACUUCAUCCCUCCUGUUUUACCUGUCCUGUUUUCGUUUUUGGGUUGUCACAAAAUAAGUGUUACAUUUCUCCUUUUGAAAAGAAAUACUACGUAUAUGGUUUACAAUAUUUCAUUUUUAUGCUCAAAAUUUCAACAA